AUGUCUCUAACGAUUGACAUGUCAUGCCUGUUCGACAAAAACGUUGAAUGUGGCCAUAAAUUUGUCACAGGACGUGUCUUCGUUUUCGCCACGUUAAACCGCAACUCGGAAGACGUCAGACUUGCUCAGCACAGUAGCACACGCUUAAACGCCGAUUCCAGCCACCUCCAACAUGCUCAGCACGAUCACUUGUGUAGAAUAUCGUACUGA